AUGAAGAAAGUCCUCAUCGUCGGCGGAACGUCUGGCUUGGGCGAAGAAUAUGCUCGAGCUUUCGUGAAGCAAGGCAAGACCGUCAUCAUCGCCGGCCGACGUCAAGACCGACUGGAUGUGUUGAAAGAAGAGCUACCAUCGCUGUGGACUUUCCAGUGGGAUGUAUCCGACCUGGCCGCCUGUAAGGAUCGAGUCACGGCAAUAUUGAGAGAUCAUCCAGAUCUCGACAGCGUUUUGCUCAAUGCAGGUGUCCAGAAAUUCCCGAAUUUCCUAGACGAAUCUUCGACCACGAACGAGUCCAUCGUCGAAGAGAUCAGCAUCAAUUUCUCCGCGCCCGUCGUGCUGACCCGCUUGUUCUUGCCGCACCUGGCGAAAGUGGCGAGCAAUGGGCAGCCUGCAAACCUUAUGAUCACGUCGUCAGGUCUUGCGUUCACCCCUUUCGGCUACUUCCCAGUCUAUUGCGCAACCAAAGCCGGAAUGCAUUCAUUUUGCGUCGGACUGCGCCAGCAGAUCAACCAGGCGCCCGAUUCUGUCAAGGAGAAACUCAAUGUGAUUGAAAUAGUUCCACCUUACGUAGACGACACAGGUCUCGGUGAUAGAGACUACAUGAUCAAAGCAGCGCCCAAGAACGUGCCGAUGCCGCUGCGCGAUUGGAUGGAGUCCAGCCUGGCGCGCCUUGCUGAGACGCGUGAGAAUGGGCGACCCUUUAAAGAGAUAGCCGCAGGCACGUCACAGACCCGCGUCGAUACCUGGCGCAAUUCGGUCGGCAAGAUCGCAUCCAUUCUUAACCUAUCGAAGAUCCACGUGUUACGCGUCAUGAUCACGUUGAAAUGUCGCGGUCAGGCUGACUCGGCAUCGGUCGAGCUCGCUCUUGCGAUUAGCCGCGGCGCUAUCAUAACCGGAGCAAGGAUGACAAGUGUAGUACUGGACACCUUUGACGGCUUUCCGACGCGGGCUCUCAUCGCGGCGCCAACGGCCGCCAGCAGCAACGACACGACUGUCCUUCUCGUCGCGCCGGCUACUGGUGUCCCCGCUCGUUUCUACGGCGCAUUUGCGAGCUGGGCAGCAGAAACUUACCGCAUCAUAGUCUUGACGGUUGAGGUGCGCUACGUCGGCAGCAGCUUCCCUGAUGGCAUCGACCUCAAAGACCCAGAGGCGAAGAAAGCAGCGCUCAUCGGCGGCAAAUUGACGACGAUCGAGCAUCACUGGCUCGCCGACAUCCGUGCCGGGUUGCAAUACGUUCGGAAAACAUACCCUGGCUCUCGCAUCCUAUAUCUUGGUCAUUCCGUUGGCGCACAAAUGUUCCCUAUGAUCUCGCCUGAGCGCGAUUGGUGCUCGUCCGUCCUGUUUGUCGCGAAUGUCGUCCCAUACAAUGGCUACUUUCCUGACGAAGCAGCAACUCGACAAAAUGUAGCCGAUCUAGUCAAGCGGACGCUGCAUUUGGGCUACUAUCCUGCUUCAGAGUCGCGCAUGGGUGACGACAUACCCCAGGGCGUAGGACUCGAUUGGCUUCGAUGGCGAGGAUUUCCGCAGUACUGCGCGUACGAGUAUAGAGACAUGCACAAUAGCUACAGAGGUCGGAUUUUGUCACUCGGCUGGGCGGACGACUGGCUGGUCAGCCGACAAAGAAUGGACGCGCUACUUCACUGCCUACCCAAUGCGCACGUCACCCGCGUCAUUGUCGAUCCGCUCCUUCAGAGCCCAGCCUGGCCGGCGGCUGGACAUGUAGAUAUGUUCAAGCCAAAGCAUAGAGACACUGCCUGGCCGAUGAUGAUGCGAUGGCUCCUCGACCAAGAGCUUCCUACAAUCAAAUGUGACAUCUGGGACAACAAAGCAGGCGAGGAAGGCUAUCUUCGCAAUAAACCGCCGAGCCUUGUCGUCGCAGCAGUCGAUGCCAAGCUAUGA